GCGUUUCAUUGGCCGGGUCGUAGAGAAGAAGAGCAAUCCGUAUUUUAGGCAUUCGACUAAACCAAACCCAUUGCUCAAGAAAAGUUAGAUAGAACAAAGUUUCGUUGGUGUGAGAUCUGUCCGCUGCAGAAGAGGAUGAGCGACGGGGAAGAAGCCGUUAGACGCCGUACCGCAGCGGUUGCGGAUUAUCGGAAAAAGCUCCUCCAACAUAAGGAGCUCGAGUCCCGAGUUCGAACAGCGAGGGAGAACUUGAGAGGAUCGAAAAAGGAAUUCAACAAAACUGAGGACGAUCUCAAGUCUCUUCAGAGUGUGGGCCAGAUCAUCGGAGAAGUCCUUCGACCUCUCGAUAAUGAAAGAUUGAUUGUGAAAGCGAGCAGCGGUCCUAGGUAUGUGGUGGGAUGCCGUAGCAAAGUGGAUAAGGAGAAGCUUACCUCUGGAACUCGAGUGGUUCUUGAUAUGACUACUCUUACUAUUAUGAGAGCCCUUCCCAGAGAAGUCGAUCCCGUUGUGUAUAACAUGCUGCACGAAGACCCUGGCAACAUUAGCUACUCCGCUGUGGGAGGGUUAGGUGAUCAGAUCAGAGAACUCAGGGAAUCUAUUGAGCUUCCUCUCAUGAACCCUGAACUUUUCCUCCGAGUUGGGAUCAAACCACCAAAGGGAGUUCUUCUGUAUGGACCUCCGGGUACCGGGAAAACUCUACUAGCUAGGGCUAUUGCCAGCAACAUCGAUGCCAACUUCUUGAAGGUUGUAUCGAGUGCAAUCAUAGACAAAUACAUUGGAGAAAGUGCUAGGCUGAUUCGGGAGAUGUUUAACUAUGCCCGUGAACACCAGCCUUGUAUCAUUUUCAUGGAUGAAAUCGAUGCUAUUGGUGGGCGUCGUUUUAGCGAGGGAACUAGUGCUGAUCGUGAAAUUCAAAGAACACUUAUGGAGUUGCUCAAUCAGCUUGAUGGGUUUGACAACCUCGGAAAGGUGAAAAUGAUAAUGGCAACGAACAGGCCCGAUGUGCUUGAUCCGGCGCUUCUCCGUCCUGGUAGAUUAGAUAGAAAGAUUGAGAUCCCUUUGCCAAAUGAGCAAUCAAGAAUGGAUAUCCUCAAGAUCCAUGCAGCUGGUAUCGCCAAACAUGGUGAAAUAGAAUACGAGGCUAUCGUCAAACUUGCGGAGGGAUUCAACGGUGCUGAUUUGCGUAACAUAUGCACGGAAGCUGGAAUGUUUGCAAUCCGAGCAGAGCGAGAUUAUGUGAUCCAAGAAGAUUUCAUGAAGGCGGUGAGAAAGCUGAGUGAGGCCAAGAAACUCGAGUCGAGUUCACACUAUAAUGCUGAUUUUGGAAAAGAGUGAGAAGAUAUACACUCUCUUCUCGUGUUGUAUGGGUGAAAAAAGGACAAUGCAAUAUUAGUUUCGUAUUAUUAUUUCUUUUUGUCUUGUGACAAUGUGAAACUUCUUUGUUUUACUUCAUCGAGGAGCGAGCAAAGAUUGUGGUCUGUGCUUACUACGUUGUAGUAACUUAUCGCUUCAAGCAUUUGUCUCUUUUAAGUAAGUUCACUUGCAUUUUGUAAAA